AUGCAGCAGCCCCAUCCUCGGGAGUCGUAUAACCUCUCGACGUUGGAUGCGAUUUGGCUUUCAGAAGAAGAGCUGGGAAUGCUGUUCGGCCCCUCCUUACAUGGGGCCGUCGGCACACCCAACCGCAAGUCAGUACGCCAAACACCGACCGUCAAACGUCCGGGCACCAGCACCAGCAGUAACAAGACGAAGACGAAGAAGCAGAAGAAGGAGUAUGCGGCAAAGGCUAAGCCCAACAUGCUGCUUCCUCACGUCGUCCCCGCCCGCUGCGGCUACCGAACGGGCAAGUGUCGGAACGUACAGGCGUUCAAGCGCAACGGAAAGCUGCACAAGCUGUGCGAGUUCCACCGCGAGCGAGCCAACUUGAAUCAAAAGAAGUUGGACCGCAAGAAGCGGAUGCAGCGCGCAAAGCUCUCGCCUACUGGGUCGCCGACCCCGUCCUCCUGCCCGUCUCUCUCAUCGGAGACAGAGUCGUGCAGCAGCACGAGCGCUGGCUGUUCACCGCGCACCGUCGAAGUAGCGGUUACCAGCCGCACGUUCGACAAGGAGACCAGUGCCGAAGACGAGCUCGACACGGACGUCAUCCUACCUACGAACCUCCACGAAGCUCCGGUCGCGCUCAGCCACGAGGAGCUCGCAAUCUUCUGCAGCCUCAUGGCGUUUGAUGCGAGUCACCGAGCGCCAGACCGUCGAGACCCGCCAGGCCCCACGUCAGUGUGUCAUUACUACACGAAGACCGUGUGA